UACAAUGAAUAAAUUUUUAAUAAAUAUGAGUUGGAUCCGGAUACGGAUAUCCGAGUCUUUUUAUUUUUAAUAUCCGGAUCCGGAUCCGUUUUUCACGGAUAUCACAUUUUGUUAUCCGGAUCCGUACCCCGUACCCGGUUCUCUGGAUAUCCGAUUUUUCGGAGUGGAUAUGAGCGGAUACCGGAUUGGAUAGCGGAUACCGGAUAAUAAGUCCCAGGCUUAGCAUCAAUUGGUAAUGCAGUUCCUGUCUUUGUGCCACAUCAACUUAUGUCGUUGCUACAACUCUUCUAGGUUUGAGAAUGAUCUAAAAAGAGAAAAUGAUGUGAUCCUCAAAGUCUAAAUCUUACUUUGUAGUUUAAGGAACUAUGAUUGAAGAAAGAAAGAGAAUAUGUGACUAACUGACUGUUAAUACAUGUUUCUUCAUACCCAAGUAAAAAUCCUUCAACUGCUAAUCGGUUCUGUAAAACUCUGUUUCCACUGUUUUGCGCUAUUAGGGACCAUUUAUUCUUUACAAGUUCAAUUCUCAUAUGAAUAUUUCCUUCUUCUGUAAAGAUGAACUGCUGUUUUAAAGAAGCUUGCGAGCUAGAAAGUUAAGAGAACAUAUAUGUAUAUAAGAGAUGAUUAUAUAAAAAUACCCACGCUUUAAUUAUUGUGUAUACAAAAAAACUGUUUGUAUAUACUAUAAGAAACUGAAAGUGAAAAAGAAAAAAAAAAACUAAUUAUGCAACUCUUGAAAGCUUCAAAUUUAUCUCCAAAGGACACGGACAAAUUGUCGCAAGAGACCAGCUCCCACUGUCACGUAUUUAAAGGAGAGACAUGAAAAGAAGAAUAUCUCUAAGCAAAAGGAAAAAAAUGGGAGUACUCGAGAACCUAUGGGACGACGUUGUGGCUGGUCCUCGACCUGAAGCCGGUGGCCGUGGCCAUCUCCGGCGAAUCUCCACCGGCUUAAUUAGCUUGAACAAUACCACAGAAGGAAUGUCGGUGGCUGGAUCGGUAUCUCUUCCGGCGAGUCCAUCGACUCCGGUGACACCAGGAUCUGGUCGGAAAGUGGAUGUGUGGAGGAGUGUGUUUCAUCCGGCAAGUAAUGUGACCACAAGGGAGAUUGGUGCUAAUGUCUUUGACAAACCCUCUCAUCCUAAUUCUCCCACAGUUUAUGACUGGAUGUACAGCGACGAGACCAGAAGCAAUCACCGUUGAAGCGUACCGUUAUGGCGUUAAACGAACCGUCAAAUUAAUAAAUCAAGAGUUCAUAAAAAUGAAGUCGUCAGUUUUGAAAAUUCAAGAUGAUUAAUAAACCAAUGGAGUAUGCCGUAUAAUGAAUGUUUAAAUAAAUUUAAGGCACUUGAGUUUCUCAGUUGCUUUUUAUCUCU